AUGAAGCUCAGCAACCUAUUCACCUUCGGGCCCGCGCAGGUGACGCUGUGGACGACAACCGUGUACCUCGCCAUCAUAAUAUCGCUUGUCGUCGUCCAUGAGAUUGUCCCCUCGGCCCCCAGCGAUGCCUCGCUCCCGAGCGGAGUUAAUAUCACCGAGGCAUGGCUCGACUUGCAGAACAUAACCACGCACUACCACCCGUACAACAGCCGAGCCAACGAUGGCGUGCGCGCAUACUUAAUUGAACGCUCAAAGGAGAUCCUGAACAGAAACAAUGCUACGUAUGACGUUGUCGGCUCCGGCCUGGAGAAGCGAAGCAGCGACUCUAGUCUGAUAACCCUGUUUGACGACCAGGUGUCCAACUUUACCCGCCUAUCGGAACUGUCCAGGUGGACUCCCGUGGGCGGCACGUACUUCGAGGGAAACAACUUCUACGUGUAUAUUCGCGGAACUGAGGAUCCUGACGGCGACUGGUGGAACGACGUUAGUAGUGUGGCAGUUCAUGGCGCCGCUGGUGUUUUGGUUAAUUGCCAUUUUGACUCGGUGUCAACUGGAUUCGGUGCGACCGACGAUGGCGUCGGCUGCGUCACCAUUCUGCAGCUCCUCAGCUACUUUAUUCAAGAUGGAAACCAGCCUACGAACGGCAUCGUGCUGCUCUUCAACAAUGCGGAAGAAGAUGGACUCCUGGGCGCUAACGCAUUCAGCCAGCACCCCAUAUCACGAUUCCCCCACACAUUCGUCAACCUCGAGGGCGCUGGUGCUGGCGGCCGCGCUAUCCUCUUCCGCGCAACCGAUCUCGAGAUUGCCAAGGCCUACGCUCGCAGCCCCUACCCUUUUGGUAGUAUCGUCGCCGCCGACGCCUUUGAGCAGGGUGUAAUCAGCAGCGGAACCGACUACUCCGUAUUCAAGGACGUCCUCGGCCAGCGCGGCAUGGACAUUGCCUUUUAUGCGCCUCGCGCCCGCUACCACACCGACCAGGAUGACACACGCUUCACCUCGGCUGACAGUGUCUGGCACAUGCUCUCUGCCGCCCUGGCAUCUACCAGGGAGUUGUCCAAGACUACUGGAAAGUUGUUUACCGGUCACCGUGGCGAUGGUGACGUAUCCAAGGUUCAGAACGGGAAACCUACCAGGGGCGUCUGGUUCGAUUUGUACGGUUCCGCUUGGGGAACCCUGCCGCUCAAAGGGCUCUUUGCCUGGUCUCUUACGCUUCUGGUGACCACACCGCUGAUCCUGGUCCUCAUAUCAUACCUCUUGUCCCGCGCUGGCAAGUACUACAUAUUUUCGAGAGAUAUCAAGAGCCAGUCUGAGACUAGCGAUGCUCCUGUCAAGAUUGGAGGCUGGCGGGGCUUCUUCCGCUUCCCUAUAGCCUUUGUUUUCGCGGCCGGCUUGACUGUUGUCUCCGCUCUCCUCCUGGCUAAGAUUAACCCCUUCAUCAUUUACAGCAGCCCGUACACUGUCUGGGCUAUGACUCUAUCACUUUUCUACUUUGUCUUUUGGCUUAUUGUGCGGGGCGCAAGCCUCAUGCGUCCCAGCGCUCUUCACCGUGCCUUUUCCCUUUUCUGGCUCUUCAUCACCGGCUGGGUCUUGCAGGUUUUGGCCUCUAUCGCCGAGGACCGAUGGAAGGUCGGCUCUCUAUACCCCAUGGCUUUUUUUCAUACGGCCGUGUUCACUUCGCUAGUCAUUUCCCUGCUCGAGCUGUCCACUCUUCCCAAGAAACACGAGUUUGUCCGACAGGUUCAGGGCAUUGAUAUCGUGCCCGAGCCGACACUUGAACCAGAAGCAGAAGAAUAUGAUCACAAUGACACUGCCGAAGACAACGACGAUGGCCAUGAGACCGGCGGCGAAGAGGAAGCCACGCCCACCGAGACGACCCCACUCAGAGUUGGAGAGCGCACGUCCCGAGGGAGAAACCAACAAUUCGCUACACUCACUACGUUUGGGAGUACCUACAGGCAAUCGGUUGCUUCCGAAGCAUCCGCCCGGACUACCACUACCACAUUGGCCACAGAGCCCUUCGGGCGCGAGCAGCUAUGGUCUGGCUCUCUACCACGGUGGACCUGGAUCAUUCAGUUUCUUCUCGUGGCCCCUAUUCCCGUCAUCAUGCUCGGUAACCUGGGACUGGUCGCCAUGUCGGCACUGCAGAUGACGGGCACGGACGGCGGCAACACGCAGACUCCUCUACAAACCAUCGCCGUCAUAUCCAUUAUCCUCCUGCUUCCGUUGACACCAUUCUUGCACAGGGUGACACAUCAUAUCCCAGUGUUCCUGUUUGUCGUGUUUGUCGGUACUCUAGUAUACAACCUUACCGUGUUCCCCUUUUGCAUGGAGAGUCGCUUCAAAUUCUACUUUCAGCAGAUCGUCAACAUUGACGAGGGGACCGAUGUCGUGCGUCUGUCGGGUAUAGAGACCUUUGUCCGCCCCAUCAUCUCCUCUCUUCCCUCUGCUGCCGGCCAGGAUGUCAAGUGUGUAGCCGAGUCGGGCAUCAGAGCUAGAAUCUCCAUGUGUGACUACGAUGCAUCGUCGCUGUCACCCAAUCUUGUCGAAGGGAAAAAGCUGGACGAGCUUAUCAGCUUGGGCACAUCAAAGUCUGAGGAUGGGGGUGUCAUUAUUCUCUCCCUCAAAGCCCUGGAGACGAGGACUUGUGUGCUGAAUUUUUCCCGCCCGGUCUACAGCUUCUUCGUCGAGGGCGGCGCGCGAAGAGAUUCAAGACUUGGCGACAUUCCCAGGAAUGGUUUCAAGACAAUUGAUCUGUGGCGCAGGUCAUGGGAUGGCGCUUGGAAUAUCACGCUCGACUUGAAGCCGCCUUCCGCCCCUGCUGGCGGGGUUACUUCGUGGUUCCUGGAUGACGAGGAGGAGACCCUGGACCAGCUGCGCGCCUGGUCCGAUCCUGUUGAAACAUGGACAUCUGCGGAUGCUUUGAAUGAACCCUUUGAUGUGACUGUAGCGUGCAAGUGGAGCGAUGCCAACGAGGCUAUCACGAUACCUGCAUUGCACGAAUUGAAACAGUUUAUGCCGUCGUGGGCGGCCGUGACCAAGAGACAGGUGGGGUUGGUGGAGGUACAGAAGAGGUUCCAGGUGGCAUAA